AUGUCCACCCCAACCGACCCCCGUGACCCCUCCACAAUCCUCCAAACCCUCCGCACCACCGUCCACCACUUCGUCUCCUCCCAGCUCCCCCUCCUCUGCACGGCCGUCUACGAGCUUCCCUCCAAGACCCUCCAACGCUACGUCGAGCGCGACAGGAGCUUUGAUGCGAGGCAGGGGCCUAUUGGGAAUCCGUUUCAGGGGUUUGUGGAUCCGGGGUUGAAUGAUGGGAUUGAGGAGAGGAGGAGGAGGAGGUAUGAGGAGUAUUUGAGACGGAGGAGGGAGGAGAGGGAGAGGGAUAAUAGGGGAGGUAGUGGGGGGAAGUAG